AUGGCCCAAUCUGCUCCAGAUUUUUGGUGCAUCGCCAGGGAGCUCUGCAGAAGGCAUCAAAGCGUAUCGCCUGGUGGACGGGCGCGCAAGCGUUUUUUUAAUUUUUCAAGACGCCUUGUGGACGUAGAAUAUCCUAAACCUGACAUUAUUCUCCGUUUCUCCUCAGCCUUUGGGUCUUUUGGCUCCUCUGCUACUGGAGCUUCUGGGACCUCCACUUUUGGCUCUUCUACCUCUAAUCCUGGGGGUUUUAAGUUCGGCACGUCGGACAGCACAGCCGGAUCCGGAGGUUUCAAGUUUGGAACUACAGACUCGUCCUCGUCGUCGUCAGGUGGUUUCAAAUUUGGCGCCUCGUUCGGAGGCUCCUCCUCGGAGUCAUCCUCUAAAGACACUACUGCCUCUUCAGGGUUUAAAUUCGGUGGCCCCUCUGAGGGCUUCAAAUUCGGAGCCGCGUCCAACGAUGACAAGAAGUCGGACCAGCCGGCGGCGGGCGCUGGGUUGAAGUUUGGAGGCAGCAGCGAAGUAGCUUUUGGAAGUGGGUCAUCCAGCACAGAAAGUAACUCUUCUUCUAAAAGCGGCUUCACGUUUGGACUGACUAAACCGGCGGAUAAAACACCAGAAACCGCCACCACGUCUUCAUCCUCUAUUACCUUGACUCCUCUCACUUCUUCACAAGGAAAUAGCGACAAAGCAGGAUCAUCAAAUGACACCACAUCCACCACCACAGCCACCGCUAAGGGGUCUGUUUUUGGGAGGCUAGGCGAUCCAAAUGUGGCAUCCGGCACGCCGCAGGUGAGCUCUGCAUUUGGAUCUUUACAGGCAGGUAAGGAGCCGGCGGCUCCAACGUUUGCCUUCGGAAAGCCAGAGGAGAAGAAGGAGGCGGCUCUGUCGACCUUUCUCUUUGGUGCUGUGAAAAAGGAACCGGAAGCUGCUGCUGCUGCUGCUGCUGCUGCUGCAGCUGCUCCCUCGGGAGGCGGCUUCUCCUUCAGCAAGCCGAGUGCGCCAACAGAUCAGCCGCCGCCGGCUUUCACAUUUGGCAAACAGGCAGAAAAAAGUGAGACGUCGACUUCAGAAGCCUCAAAGCCGUCUUUCAGCUUUGGACAAACUGCUGCAGAUUCCACUGCUGCUCCAAAACCAGCCUUCUCUUUCCUGGCUAAUAACCCGCCCAGCGCCGCCACUUCAUCAUCCGCCACCCCGACUGCCGCCAUGUUUGGCGCCGCCAGCAGCGGCUCCGCACCGGCCCCGGCCGCAACUUCAUCUUCAUCCUCCUCGGCCCCCAGCACGUUUGUGUUUGGCCAGCCUCCCUCCACCACCGGCGACGCUCCCCCUGCUAAGAACUUCAUGUUCGGACAGAAUCACGACAACCAGUCAGCGACGCCGUCGAGCGCUCCGCUGAACGCGGCUCCGGCGUCGGCUCAGCCCUUCAUCUUUGGCGCUUCUACCAACAGUGCUGCUGCCGCUGCUGCUUCUGCUCCCGCUGCUCCCUCUUUUACCUUCGGAGCCCCAGCAGCAGCAGCACCCCCUGCUGCUUCCUCAUCAGCUCCUUCUGCAGCCCCGUCGCCGUUUGUGUUCAGUUCAGCUCCUUCAGGAGGUUUCGGCGCCAACCAGAACCCUCCUUUUGGAUCAAGUUUUGGAUCCCCCUUCCCAGCCACACCUGCCCAAACCUUUGGAACCAAACCCAACGCUGCCCCCGCGUUUGGACAGCAGAACAACUCCACACCCGUGUUUGGUUCCAGCACCAACUCCGCACCAAGUGGAGGCUUUCAGUUCGGAGGAGCCAGUGCUUUUGGAGCCUCAAAUAACUCUUCAGGCGUGUUUACGUUUGGAGCUGGAUCUGGAGCGCCUUCUACCCCCUCCGCCAAUCCCCCCAUCGCACCCCAGUCAGGAGCAGCUGGUGGCAGUUUCAACUUUACACAAACUCCAGCAUUUAACAUAGGGUCAGCCAAGACGUUCACCGCUUCCCCAGCCGGACAGUCAGCGAUCGCUGGGCGCAAGAUCAAAACUGCGGUGCGCCGCAGAAAGUAGCCCUUUACGACCUUCACAAGACUGUGGACUUGACUGAGACAGGACGGUGUCCCCGGUGAAGAAUGUCAAAGGUUCUCAAGGUUCUCAUCUGGACAGACGUUGGCGUUGCUUAGCACAGCUUCGUGUUUCUGGAGGAUUUCGGUCGCUCGACCGGCUGCUGAAAGGUUUUCAAAUCCAGUCGAGAAUUAAGUGUGUGCAGAUUUUCCAGAUUUCACAUAGUAACAACUCCUGACUGAACUAUUACCCUGACUUAGACUACAAUCAAGCAAAGACCCCCAACCCCAUGUUUGAAAUUUAAAAAAAGAAAAAGCAGGGCAGUAAUAUCUAUAUUUUACACAUCGGCAAAUGUCUGCUAGACUUUAGGCAUGACUUUUUUUGUAAUAAAAUUACAGAGGCAAAAACUGCAAAUUGAUA